AUGAUAUGGAUUGGCGACAAGGGAAGAGAUAUCUAUUCAACGUGGAACCUGUCAGAGAAAGAUAGUAAGAAAUUCUCAGUGAUGAAGGAGAAAUUUGAAAACCACGUGAAACCGAAGUCAGAUCGUGUUUAUUCGAGAUACAAGUUCCUCAGUAGGACACAGAAGGAGGGAGAAACGUUUGAAAAAUUUCUCACAGAUCUCAGACUUUUAGUGAAAGAAUGUGGAUAUAAGGACCAGGACGAUAUGAUUCGAGACGCUAUCGUGUUCGGUACUCGGAAUCACAAGGUACGUGAAAAAUGCAUUGGUGAGGGUUCAGACUUAACCCUGGAGAAAGCUAUGAACUUUGCGCGUACAUGUGAAAUUUCUAAGCAGCAAAUACAGUCUAUGGAAGACAAAUUGGUACAUGGAAUAUCGAAAGGUAGUACUCUCCCAAACCGGAAGUCAGCACCGACUAAAAGAAAGACUGUAAAUAUUGUGGUCAAACUCGUGAGUUUAAACGAUGCCCUGCAUAUGGUGAAGCUUGUAGAAAGUGUGGAAAUCCAAACCACUUUGCAAUUAAGUGUCACUCAGGAAAAAAAGCGUGCUGUCGCUAGUUCAAAGAAAAACAAUAGAUCAAAGACAAUGCAUGCAGUAGACACAUCAGAUGAGGAAUUCUUUAUUGGUUCAGUGAAUGUGAAUGCUGAUCACAAAAACCUGAAAGUUGCUCCAACCUUUUCACCACUGAAGUCGUUCUCUGGACACUGCCUUCGUUGUGCUGGUACUGUUAUACUACCCUGUGUAUGGAAGGAUGCAGUGCUGCCAUAUGUGAAAUUCUACAUUAUCGACCAAACUGUGAACCCUGUUCUGGGAGCUGACAUAUGUUCUAAGCUUGGACUCGUUCAGCGAAUACACAACAUUGAGAGGAAAAACCGUACUGUACCACAUGGCAUUCCCCAGGAUUAUCGGGACUUAUUUAGUGGACUUGGAUGCUUACCAGGCACCUACUCAAUCAAGGUGGAUGAAAACAUUCAGCCAGUGAUAUAUCCUCCACCCAAGAUUCCCAUAGCCUUGAGGGACAAGGAAGAGCUCGACAGAAUGGAGCUUGAAGGAGUGAUUGUGAAGCAACGCGAGCCGACGAAAUGGGUCAACUCCAUAGUAACCGUUACAAAGCCGAAUGGAAAGAUCAGGAUUUGCAUUGAUCCUCGUGAUCUAAACCGUGCCAUACUUCGGGAACAUUUUCCCUUAAACACUGUUGAAGAAGUUGCAGCUAGGAUGCCUGGAGCCAAGAUUUUCAGCAAAUUAGAUGCCACGUCUGGAUUUUGGCAGACCAAACACGAUGACGAGAGUUCGAAACUCGAAAGGAGAAGCUACAUAUUGGACACCAAGGAAUUGUGA